AGCGCGUUUGACUGGCUGCGGGACUUCCUCCGUUCGCGGUAAAUGGCGCUAGUGGCGGGAAAGUUGAGUGUCUGGUUAGCCCAGCCUCCGGGGCGAUGUGUAGUGACUUUCGCAGGGCCGAGUCUGGGACGGAGCUCCUUGGCCGACUUGAAGGUAGAAGUUCCUUGAAAGAAAUAGAACCGUAUCUGUUUGCUGAUGAAGAUUCAUCUGUACAUGGUGAUAUUCUUGAAUUUCAUGGUCCAGAGGGAACAGGAAAAACAGAAAUGCUUUAUCAUUUAACAGCACGAUGUAUACUCCCAAAAUCGGAAGGGGGACUGGAAGUAGAAGUCUUAUUUAUUGACACAGAUUAUCACUUUGAUAUGCUUCGGCUGGUUACAAUUCUCGAACAUAGACUAUCCCAGAGUUCUGAAGAAAUGGUAAAAUGCUGCCUCGGAAGGUUGCUUUUGGUGAACUGCAGUAGUAACACCCAGCUGCUCCUCACGCUGUACUCACUAGAAAGCAUGGUCUGUAGCCGCCCUUCCCUCUGCCUUCUGAUCUUGGAUAGCCUGUCCGCUUUUUACUGGAUAGACCGCGUCAAUGGAGGAGAAAGUGUUAACCUACAGGAGUAUACCCUGAAGAAAUGUGCUCAGUUCUUAGAGAAGCUCGUAAAUGAGUAUCGCUUGGUUCUUUUUGCAACAACACAAAGUAUAAUGCAGAAAACCUCAAACUGGACAGAAGGGCCUUCUUCUGCCUUGAACCAUCCGAGUGAGGCAGAUGCGGACUAUAGACCCUAUCUCUGUAAGGCAUGGCAACAAGUAGUAAGGCAUAGAAUAUUUUUCUCCAAACAAGAGGAUUUUAAAACCAGCAACCAGUUUUCUUUGGUUUCACGUCAUUUAAAAAGUAACAGUUUACAAAAGCAUAUUUUUAUUAUUGGAGAAAGUGGCAUUGAGUUUUGUUGAUAGUAUCAUAAAAUAGUGUUUUUCAGGAUAUUAUGCAAAAUUUUAAAAGUCCUUAAUGGGCUAAAAUGAUUUGGUUAUAAAGCUUUAAACUCUGGGAGAAUUAAUAUAAAUGUUUCUACACAGAAUGGAUUUUUUUUUUUUUCCAGAACAGAUUUCUUAAACUAGUACAGUAGAACUUUAUUCUCUUCUUAGGUUGUUGAAGAUAAAUCAAACUGGUGGUAAUAAUUAAACUGUAUAUUAAGCUUGUUUUAAAACUAAAUAAUCUACACAUUGCAGCCUAAAUAAAACG